UAACAAACAAAAAAGGGAAUCAUCAUUAUCAACGCGCACAAAUAAAUAAAAAAAACACACCGCAUAAACAAACAGGACACAAAACCUUUUCGAUUCCUUUCAACGAUUCAUCUCUAAUCUUCCCCACUUUUUUUCUGUUUUUUUUUAUCCUUUUUUUAAUUUUCCAGAGUCUCACACUUUUCUACUAUUAUUUUCUCUCUUCUUUCUAUUUUCUUCUGCAAUCAUCUUCAUUUUAUUCUUCUUCUUCUUCUUCUUCUAAUUAACCAGAUUCCGAUUCAUUCUAAUUUUCCUUCUCUUUCCCGAGAAAAUUUCUCAACACUCAUAAUUAAUUAUGAUGGAUUAUUGGAUUGACCGAUUCAAUUCCAUUGACUUUCACCAUGAAUCUUACCCUGCUUAUGAAGAUUUAUACCUUCUCCCUUUCUUCGCUCUCUUCUUCCCUUCCAUUCGCUUCCUUCUCGAUAGAUUGCUUUUCGAGAAAUUUGCAAGAAGAUCGAUUUUCGGAAAGGAGAAUGGGAAGUUGGACUACCAGACAGAUGAUAGAAGAAAGAGGAUUAAUAAAUUUAAGGAAUCAGCCUGGAAAUGUAUUUAUUAUCUUUCAGCAGAGGUUCUUGCUCUGUCUGUAACUUAUGAUGAACCUUGGUUUACCAAUACAAGAUAUUUUUGGGUAGGGCCGGGGAGUCAGGUCUGGCCAGAUCAAAAGAUUAAGUUGAAAUUGAAGGCAGUCUAUAUGUAUACUGCUGGAUUUUAUUCAUACUCCAUUUUCGCUUUAAUAUUUUGGGAAACAAGGCGCUCUGACUUUGGGGUUUCCAUGAGUCACCACGUUGCUACCGUCAUUCUCAUUGUGUUGUCUUACAUUUUUAGGUUUGCUCGUGUUGGAUCAGUUGUUUUAGCAAUUCAUGAUGCCAGUGAUGUGUUUCUCGAGAUAGGGAAAAUGUCCAAAUACAGUGGCGCUGAAACAACGGCUAGCACGGCUUUUAUUCUAUUUGUUUUAUCUUGGGUCAUAUUGCGCCUCAUUUACUACCCAUUCUGGAUUCUUUGGAGUACAAGCUACGAAGUUCUGCUCACCUUGGAUAAGGAUAAACACAAAGUGGAGGGUCCAAUAUAUUAUUAUAUGUUCAAUAGUCUUCUAUACUGCUUGCUGGUUCUGCAUAUUUAUUGGUGGGUGUUGAUAUACCGGAUGCUUGUUAAACAAAUCCAAGCCAGAGGAAAACUUAGUGAAGAUGUUCGAUCUGAUUCAGAAGAUGAACACGAAGAUUGAGUAGGAAAGCAAAAGCAUUAUGUAAUCUUAAGGCAAAGAUGAAAUGGUUAGCUCCAAACGUUUUAUGUGCCUUUGGCCACAAUGUUAAUCAUUUUCAAAUGUUCAUUCAAAUUGGAGGGAAUUGUAUUUAUACCGAUUCGAGAAUAGACUACGGAGCUGAUUUAAAGAGGAGCAAAUGAAGAGAAUUUUGAAUCUUCUAAAUUAUUGGUGUAUGCAGCACCACCAGAAGUUCAGGUCUGCUGCAUGCCAUUUUGUUAUAAUGGUUUGACUUGCUUGAAUAUUUAUCCUUCAAUAUUCAAUUCAAAAUUUCACAAGUUUGAAGGAAUGUGACCAUUAAUGUACACUAUUUCUUGCACAAAUGUUAUCCUUGGUUUCCACAUUGGAGAACAAAAUUGUUGUCCUCGAUUUGCACAAAUUUUACUGGUCUUGUUAAACUUAAAUGUUGACUUUAGGAUUUUAUUCUUUAUUCUAAUUUAUUAAAAGAAGAAAAUGUUUAUUUAUUA